AUGGUGUAUAGCACCUUUGCCUACAAUGCCAUCUUGGCUUCAAAGCAACAGGUUCUUGAAGAUAACAGGAAAAUCAAAGCUUUAGAAUUGGAAGAAUCCAAGAAGUAUGCCAAAGCAAGUGAUCUGGCAUGCUCAGCACUUAAAUACCUGAAUUCAUCAGAAUCAAAGUAUACGUCUUCUUCCUCCAUCUCUGACACUGCGACUCUGGAGUUUGGGAAACAUUCCACUAGCUACAGCAUCUCUUCUGAAUCAGACGCUGUAGAACUGACACCACAGGUACCAUGUUCAGCCACAGACAACAGAAAGGUCACUCCAAUGGCAUUGCUUCAGGUCAUGGAUUCAAUGGCCAUAAACCCAGAUUCCCAUUCAGAGGUAACAGACUCUGUAGAGCUGACACCCGAGGUACCAUGUUCAGCCACAGACAGCACAAAGGACACUCCGAUGGAAUUGCUUCAGGUCAUGGAUUCAAUGGGAAUUAUCCCAGAUUUACAUUCGGAGGAUACAGACUCCGUAGAGCUGACACCCAAGGUACCAUGUUCAGCCACAAACAGCCGAAAGAUCACUCUGAUGGCAUUGCCUCAGGUCAUGGAUUCAAUGGGAAUUAUCCCAGAUUUACAUUCAGAGGAUACAGACUCUGUAGAACUGACACCCAAGGUACCAUAUUCAGCCACAAACAGCACAAAGAUCACUCAGAUGGCAUUGCUUCAGGUCAUGGAAUCAAUGGGAAUUAUCCCAGAUUCACUUUCAGAGCAUACAGACUCUAUGGGGAAAGCACAAGAUAAGACUAACUUAUCACAGCCAUCAAACCAAGCUGAAACAGUGAGUAUACCUCCCAAGUCAUCAAACCCAGUAGCAAGUCCUCAACAUCAAGCAAGGGCAUCAAAGAGUAUGUCCUCAAGACUAAAUCAAAUCACAAAUACCUCAAACAUAAAGAUAUUGUUUAACAUUGUGGAUUCUAGGGAGAUAAUUAAUGAAUUAUGUUCUUAUGUCACAGAAUCCACAGAAAUAGCCCCAAAGCCACAACACCAAGUCAUUGGUGUAGAUACAUUGGGGGUAGAAACAUUGCAUAAACAACAAGUUGUAGAACCAUCAAAGAUGAGUCAAGACCCACACCAUCCAGUCUUCAAAUCUGGGGAAAGGCUUCUGCUGCAUCAGCAUAACGUCCCAAAAACAUUAAACAUGAACUCGGGGUCACAGAAUCAAGCCACAAAAGAGGUCAGGUUUACUCCUAGCUCUCUUCAACCUUCACAGCCAUCAUCUAAAGUCCUUGACUCAUCAAGGAUGAUUCCAGAACCACCAGUGCAAUCCAUAAAGGUAAACUCAAGGGUUCAGCGGUCCCCCACGGGAGUGAUCCCACCUUUACAAACUGGUUUGAUUGCACCGUCAGUGGCUCUCGCCAAAGACUCUCUAGAGUUGCCUUCUGCAUCUGAGGUUCAAGUCAGAGACUCCAUUGGGAUGACACGACAUCCAGGCACAGAGAAUCUGUCAUUGACUCCAAAACCACCUCAUCAGGUCAUGGACCCUUCGGAGUUCACUCCAUGGCACCGAGACAUAGACUGCUCAGAGGUGAGUCCAACACAAAGUCACAAGAUGACAGAGCCUCUAGAGUUAACCUCUGAUAUGUGGCCACAAUGGAAGAAUCCUACAGCGAUGACUCCAUCACAUCAUCAAAUGACAGAAUCUGUGACAACAGCCUCAGGGGCCCCAGAUCAAGGGACAGUACCUACAGGGAUGAGCCAAUGGCAUCAAUUUGCAAAUUCUGAAGUCAUGCCAGCUACUCCAAAACUUCAAGAAGUGGAGUGUUUGGAGAAAAACACAACACUACAAUCUAAGGUUAUGGAGUCAGUAAACUUAACAACAGAAUUACAGAAUGUAUAUUCAAGACUGCAAGUUAUAAAACCUGUGGACAUAUACAAGGUUUUAGCUCCACAAAUGGUAGAAAAUGGACUACUGACCCCAACGGUGGUAUCUACAGAUUUGGCCCCAGAACAACAAGAGCAGGGCAUACAGUCUGAGGAAUUAACCCCAAUACCAAAAAUGCAAACUGAGAAACCUGUCCCAUUAGUCCCAGAGUCUCAGCUUCCAGAUGAAAAGUCUGCCCAAGAUUUUGAAGGGCUGACUGAAAACCAACAAGUCUCAGAAGCACGAGUGACCUCUGACACUUGUCAUCAGAUAGAAGAAUCUGCUGAGUUGACACACUCAUCAGUAGGAAUGACUCCAGCACCACCGAGCCAAACCUCAGAAUCUAUAGAGAUGGACUUACCACCACUCCAAGAUAUUCUUGAAACUAGGAUCCACCUUGUAAAAGAGGUAAAGGAGACUCCAGAAGAUAUUCUGAAUUUGCUAGCAGAAAUUAGAAGUGCCAACCAUAGGCCUGGAAGUGAUGACCCCAGAACCACAGCCCCGGAUGUGGACUUUGCUCAUAUGACACAAGAACCAUGUUCAGAAAUUACUAACCCAUCAGAAAGAAGUCUAUAUGAAUACACGGAAAGUACCAAAUUGGCAUUACUUGAAGUUGAUGAUUUCCAGGGGACCACUGUAGAAACCUAUUCAGAAAUGGGAUCUCAGGGGUUGAAUCUAGAACCAAGAGUGCAAAGUGAGGAAUCAGAGUCAUUGGUAGAAAAUUUGAAAAUUGAAGAAUUAACCUCUGAACCAUCUGUACAAGUUGUAGAACCUAUAGAUUUGACUGCAGGACCCAUAUCACAUAUUAUAGAUGUGAUUCCAGGGCCACAGGUCCACAACAUAAAGUCUACCCAAUUAGAUACAGGAUUAGGGUUACAAAGUGAGUUAUCAGUGGAUUUAGUAAAACAGCCAUCUCUAGGAGUGAUAGAUUCUGAAAACAGAAAACCAGAGCCAGGACUACAAAGUUUAUCACCAAAGGAGUCAUUUGAGGGAACAAAGAUUCCAAAUGUGAAAUCUGUGGAUUUGAAUCUGGGCCAAGAGCAGCCAAUUGCCAAAUCAGGACUAACUCCAUGGCCACAACUGCAAAGUGUCAGAUUUCCAAAGUUAUAUCAAGGGCUACUUAUUCAAGGGGAAAAUCCAGCAAAUUCUACCUCAGGCCCCCCACAUUAUGGUUUGAAAUCUAAUGAAGCAAUAUCAUAUUCCCCAAUGCCAGAAAUCAUAUCUAGUUUUAUUCCGGGGCCAAAGGUUUCAGAACCACAACCACAACAUGUGAAAUCUAUGAAAGUAAAUCUGGGACCAUGUUUGCAAGAUGGGAGAUUUUCUGAUCCUAUCCCCAAAGAUACACAGCUCGAACAGGGCUUUCCACUUCAAGAGAAGUCUCAAGGAUGUAUGCGAGAAUUAUUACUGCCAUUAAGCCAAGAGCCAAAGGUGGAAGAGCGGAAGCUUGCUCUGCCUAUACAAGGAUCAGAGUUUCACUGGAUGAAAUUUGCAACACAAGCUUCUGAAAUACAGCAUCCAAGCAUGAUAUCUGAGGAGGUCAACAUAAGAUCUUGGGAACAAGAUGCCAAAUUUUCUGAGCUGGCUUCAAGACCAAAACUUCAAGGGGACAAAUUUGGGGAGCUAAACUCAGAAUCAAUGUUUGUUAGUGACAGUUAUAUGACUCCAGAAUUUGGGAUACAGAAUCCCAAUUUAGCCAAGAUGACUCCAGGGCUACAGGAUACAAGCCAAGUGAGUUUUAGCAUAGGACCACAGCUGGAAGAUGUCAAAUUUUGGGAUGGAAUACCAGGAACUCAACUUCAAGGUGUGAAAAUAUCAGACCUAAAGUCAGGGCCACACUUAGAAUGUGUAAAAAUUUCUGAGUUGACCACACCACCAGAGAGGGAAGGGAUGAAGUCCAAAUUGAUAGUACACCAGUCCCCGAUUCAAGAUGUAACAUAUAUCACAUGGAAUCAAGUGCCAAGUGUUGAAGAGAAAGUGUCUUAUGAAACAUUAUCUGAGCAACAGGUAGCAACAUGGGAAACAACGAAAUUGAACCCUGGGAAACACUUAUCAAAUGUAGAUCAUUUUGAGUUGAUCAGAAGAUCACAGACCCAAGGCAUAGCAUCUUCUGAAUUGGUUGAAGCACAGCUUUUAGGACAUAUAAAACCCAUGGAGGACAAUAUAGUCUCAAAGCAAGAAGCUCUGACAUCUGUGGAAUUAACACCAGGGCUACAUUUGGGAGACAUUACAUCUACAAAAUCAAAGUCAAAGUCAGAGCUGGAGCAUGUCAAAUUUAUGCUGUCAACCUCAGGGAUGCAAACAGGAGAUAGGACCCUUAAAGGACUGCCUCCAGUCUCCAGCUUGAAGGGUUUAAAACCAAAGUUACUACCUUCAAAGCCAACAAUGGAAGAUAGGAAAUCUGUGAUCUUAACUGUAGAAGAAUGUCUCAAGAGGAUAAAAUCUGCUGUGAUAUCCCCAAGUGGUUCCCUGAGAGGAGAUAUGAAGCCUGUGAAGUUGAUUCCUGGUUCAAGAAUUCAAGAUAUAAAAAAUAAGGGCAUGCUGUUUCAAGAUAAAUCAAUAGAGAUGUUUGAAAGGCUUCGACUGCAAGGCAUAAAGCACAAGGAACUGAUGUCACAGACACAAAUGCAAGAUAGGAAACCUGUGAUCACCCCUUGUUUGAAACAACAAAGUUUAAUACCUACAACUGUAGCCCCAACCCAAGGAAUCCGAGAGGUAAAAUGUGUAGAUUUCACCUCAAUACAACAGUGUCAAGGAAAGGCACACAUGGACUCAACUCCUAAGUCUAGAGAGGAUGACCAGAGAACUGUAAAUCCACUAGAGUGGAAAGGUGGGAUUUUUGAUCAACAGAAAAAGCAGCUUGGAUCAGAAAAUACAUUACCCAUGGAGUCAGCUCAAGAACCCAAACCUGCACAUAUGAAACCCAUAGAGCUCAACCCUAAGUUAAAAUUCAAAGAUACAACCUCAUUUGAAUUGGGUCCUCAGCCAAUUGUUCAAAGUGUAAAAUCUGAAGGGUUCCAAAAUGAACUACAGGUGCCAAGUAUGAAACCUUGCCAUUUGACUCCAGGGUCCCAGAUAUACCAAGAAAAAGCCUUGGAGUCAACGUUGGACCUACAACUUCAAGGUGUGGAAACUCUGGCACAACCUUCAAUUGAAAGCACAAAGACUAUUCAAUGGAUACCAAUAUCUGAGUUUCAAAGUGAGAAAGGUGUAGCUUCAAACUCAAGGUCACAGUCUGGAGAUGCCAGAGCUACAGAACUGAAGCCUCCCAUGCUAUGGAGAAGUGUGAAGUCAUCCAAAGUGACUGCCAGGUCAAAGACUCAAGGAGAAAAAAUACGGUUGCAGGAACUAAAUCCACUUCACUUGACUUCAGAGCCACAGACUCAAGGCAUCACAUCCGAGGAGCUAAACAAAGAGCCAAAGGCUGCAAGUGUUAGAUCUGUUCAGUGGACACCUCGAAAGGAGUUCCGAGGUGUAAAGAUGUCAGGAUUCAAUAGGGGGUCACCGUUUCAAGGUGUCACAUACACAGAACAGAAACCCUUCAUAAAAUUGGGAGGUGGGAAGCCAUUGGAAAUGACUCAUGGGGCAAAACUUAAGGGAAAAAAAUCUGGGGAUUUUAACCUCAGGCCACAAGAACAGUGUGUGAAGACCCUCCAGUUGUUACCAGGACCAGAGGUACAAAAAGGGGGAAACUUCACAUCGUGUUCAGAACUACAGUCUCAUUGUGUGGAAAUUGUGUCAUUUCACCAUGGAGCAGGGCUUGAAAACACAAAAUCUCCCUUGGGCUUACAGCCUAAAGGCAACACAGCCACAGAGUUACAACCCUCAGUACAAGAAAGGGAUGUGAAGACAUCUGAGGACUUGAUGACAAGGCUCAAGACAGAAGGUAAAGAACCUUCCGGGUCAACCCAGGCAUGCUUGUCUCACAGGUUCAAAACUAUUGACAAAUCUAUGCUGCCAUGGAAAAAUCCCAAAUGUGAUCCUACCUUAAGGUCAUUGAUCACUAAUAAAAAAUUAGUGACAUUCAAAUCCAGGUUCCAUAUAGAAGACAGGAGAUUUCCUAAACUGGCCCCUGGAAUACAGUCACGAGAAUUGAAACCAUUCAAGUCAUCUCCAGGAACUCAACAGCCUCAAGAUGUAACAUUUUCAGUGUUUAAAGAAGAGCCAAGGUCUUUAGAAGCAAAAUCUGGGCUAACUCCCAGGUCACCGAUGAAAAGUAAACCAAUUUCGACCAAAAUUCAAAGGGUCAAGCUAGAUGAUAAAUCAGGGCCUCAGUCCCAAAGUAUAAAAUCAGAUUCAAUUCUGAAGACAAAGCCUCAAGAAAUGGAGAUGGAAGACUGUGAAUCAGGCCCACAGUUACAAGAUCUUAAAUCUUUGAGGACGAUCAUGGGUGUAAAAGUCCAAGAUGUCAAAUCUAUGAGCUUCAGUCCUAGAACACACGUGGAAAGUAUGCCAUCUGAAGUCAUCACAGAGAAGAAUGUCCUUGGUAUGAAACCAGCAGAAAUGAGCCUACAAGGUGAGACACCUGUGGUCACCCCAAGGAAGUUGUUUUUAAGCACACAAUCUAUAGGGCUGGAUUCAGGCUUUAAUUUGCAAGAUUUGAAAUAUCCUGAGCUGAUCAUGGGCAUGAAACUUCAAGGUGUAGACUCUAUGGAAGGACACGUGAGAAGUAUAAAACCUUCUGAGGUGAUUACUGGGAUACAAGAUGUAGAAUCAUCUGAGUUGAGCCCUAGUCCAGACCUUCAGGGUAUAAAAUUUAAGGUAUUCUAUCCUGGGUCACACUUGGAAGAUGUGAAUUCUGCAUGUACUCCCAAUAUACAUUCUCAAUACGUAGAUUCCAGUGGGUAUAUACCUGGGCCAUAUCUACAAGAUAUGAAUUCUUCUGUGUGGAUUCCACAGUCAAACACUCAGUCCAUACAUUUGAAGCCAGCAUCACAGUCUCAAAGUGGGCGGUCUUCAAAAGAACCAAUGAUAGUAUUGCCACAGCAGUCCACCAGGAAGCUCUUAGCAGGACCAUCACUAACCAGUGUCAAAUUCUCAGAUUUGCUACUAUAAUCAGAGCAGAAAUAUAGAAAAUCUUUGGCAUUUCCUUCAGAGCCAAAGUGGCAAGGUGUAAAACAGGUGAAAUUGUCAUCAGUGUGUCUGCAGGAAAUUGGAAAAUCUGUGGAGUUACCACCAAAAUCAAUUUUUCAAAACGUGAAACCUGGGAACCUUAUGCCCCAGACAAUUCAUCCCCUCACAGAAUCCAUGAGACCAGAGCGACAGGUGAAGGACUUUGCAGAGAUGUGCAUGAAGCCUAGGUGUCAAGCCCCUAAAUCGGUGCAUUUUACUUCAACAUCAGUUUCCCAAGAUGUGGGAUCUUUAGAAUUUACAAAUGGGGUGGGACAUAAAAGCAGAGAAAUGACAGGGAAAUCUAUGAGGUUGAGCUCCAAACCAACAGAUAACAUCCUAGAAUCGUUAGAGAUGCCCCCGAAGCUAGAUCUUCAAGUACCAAAAUUGUUUGAUCUGACUCCAACACUAACUACCAGUUCCCAGAACCUCCUGAGUUACAUUCUUUGGUCAUGGCCUCAAUUUCAAGAUUUCAAGAAGUUACAGACAAAAGAGGGUACAAAAUCUGAUAGAAUGACCCUCAGCUUCAAGAACCAUGUUGCAGACACCAUAGAGUUGACUUGUGAAGCAAGACAGCAAGGGGAAGAAUUUAGAAUGACUCCAAAGGCGAUAAAUAGAGAGAUUGGAUUUAUAGAAAACUCUCCAAGGCCAUGUCCUCAACAUGUAGGACCUCUGGGGGUGGGCUCUAAGGAAAGAUCUCAAAGGGAACAAUCUGUAAUAACAAGGCAAUUCUGUCCCAUCCCAGAUUCCACUUCAGGAAUAACACCAGGGCCAGGACCUCAGAUUCCCAAAUCUAAAAAUUUGGCCUCUAUGGUGUGGCUGCACAAAGAAUCCAUUGAGUUGGCAGGCGUGCAAAAGAGUCAAGUUGUGGGAAAGAGAGACUCUGUAGAGCUCACCUUUGGUACACAGCAGUCAGGAGGGGUAGUGGCUAAGCUAACAAAACCUCAGAAUCUGAGCCUGGAAAAUGUAAGCAUCACUCCAACAGAAUCACUGGAUGAAAUGAUAAACGUUGUAGGAAUUAGUGUAAAACCACGAGAUCAAGUAACAGAAUCUGUGAAGACACAGCUUUCAGUUCCUCACUCAGUGGCCCUCCCAAAAGUGUGUGAAUUUGUGGAAAUGAUCUCCAGACCACCACUUCAAGUUGCAAAGUCUGUGAUGAUUCCAGAAAGUAUCCCUCAAAUGUCAAAAUACAAUGAUUUGACUUCUAGAACACAUGAUGUGAUAAGUUCAGAAUUUCCUCCAAGCCUUCAGCUACAAAAUGUGCAAUCCAAAAAAGUAGUCAUAGAGCCAAAACAUCAGGCUUUAGAAACAAAACAACGGCCAGGCUUUCCACUAAUAAAGACUUUAGUAACUGCCAAACCAUUGAUUCAGAUCGUAAAAUCUGAAGAAGUGGCACCAGGACCAUGUCCCCAGGCUGUAGAACCAAUAGGACUGGGCAUGAGACCAAGCAUUAGAGUAAAGGAGUGUUUGAAUUUACACCCAAGACCACAUCUUCAAGACCUGGUAAAACCGAUGGAGUUAACUCAAAGGGCAGAUAUUCAAGUGACUUCUGCAGAAUUAAUAUCUCAGCAAACAUCUCCCCUUAAGGAUCCUACAGUGUCAACUCAUGAGCAAAGGCUUCAGGCUGUAAAAUCUCUAGGUCUCAAAACAAAAUCUCCUAAACUAAAGAAAAUCAAGGAUUCGAAUCAAGGAUCAAUGUGUGAGAAUAAAGACACUGAGAUGAUCGCACCAGCAAAGUUAGAUGCAGAGAAUUCCUUAUCUAGAUCCAUACGCAGCCCUUCAAUCCCAUGUCCUUCUAUCAUUGACAGAACAACUGAAUUAGGGCACAGCCAGGGUUCUGGGGUGCCUGAAGUUUCCAUAGCUUUUGUUCUUCCUUUGGUCUUUCAAAAUCUACCCUCUGAUAAGACAGGGGACAGCAAGGGAACCAGGUAUCCUGAUAUCUGGAGCAUGAAUGUCUUAUCUAAGGAAGAAAGUGGAAAGAAGAAAAUGGAGGAAUUCCAGGGGUAUUCUUCAUACCCAUUCAGAUUACUAUCCCAGGAGUUUCAGGCAGGAUUAGUGGCUCGAAGAAGCGCUAUCGCUAUCCAUUCUUUCCUGGGCAUACAGCAGAAUGUCUGGGAAAGCCAUGUCUGUAGGCAGAGACUACCUAGGAAAUACCUCUCCAGUAUGCUAAUGCUGGGGAAUGUCCUGGGAACCACUAUGGAAAGGAAGCCUUGUUCUCAACCCUUUUCAAUAGAAAAAUUCACUAUGGACAGCUGUCAGUCCAUCGAAAAUUUAUUUGGGGUUCCAGCUGAACUGAUGGCAUUUUCACAAAGCCUGCUAGAGAGGGUUCCAAGGACCAUGUCUCAGACGUCAGUGGAUAAAAAGUACAUACAGAGACAUAUUUUAUUUCACAGUAAUGAGAAGAAAAUGCCACUGAAGAUGUGGACCCGCGGCUCCACAUCUUCCAUAAUACAGAGAUUCUCUGGCACAAGAUUGGGAGUAAGGAAACCAAGCUCAAAAUCCCACAAUAUUUUCCAGGAAGCCACUGAGCAUGUGUCCGUCUCAUGUACCGGGACCUGGUUUCCUGACUUGAUGAGAUCAGAGAUGCUUUACACUAGGGAAGAUUCUGUUUCCAGGGAGCAGAGUAAAAUCUCACCAUGUGCACCGAGUAGGACUUUUGAGUCUCAGCAUUCCCUCAAAACAAGUUCUUUCUCCCAGUCAAACACCGAUAACUCAGAACAUCUUCUAAGAGAACUCAAGUUAAAAAUAGCAGGAAAAUUCAUAAGAAGUCAAAUACCCCACAAUGUCCCUCUAGAUUCAGGUCUUGUCCUAAAGUAUCCAAUAUGCUUAGAAUGUGGCCGAUGUUCAGGCCUUAAUUGCUCUCAUAAGUUACAGUCUACUUGGGGGCCGUACCUUCUCAUCUACCCAAAGCUCCACCUUUUAAACAGCCCUGAAGGCCAUGGUGAUGUUCAAUUGCAUCUUGGAUUUAAAUUAGGGUAUCCACAGAAGGGUAGUGCAUCACCAUCACAUAGAGAAGCUAAAUUCUCUAAGCUGGCUUCCAACCAUCCCGACUAUGGAAGCAAUCAGGAUGAAACAUGGAUUAAAUCAAGCCUCAGAAAGACCUCUGUCUUGACAGAUCCUUUGAAGAAAUUUGUCAAGGGACCUAAAACACAAAACACAGGGCUAUACAAAAUCAGUCCUAGAACACUGAGGGGUCUGUCAAGAAACAGAAUUGAAACCCCCCAAACAAGCACUGUUUCUUCCAAGACACAACCUGAGAAAUCCUCUCAGCCCAAAAUCAUCCAACCGCUUGUUCAAGGCCUAAGGCAGGCAUUCCAAGCAGCACAUAGAAUUGUGACUUUUAUGAGCCAGAAAUUGAAGAAGAUGAGGCCAGACAAGUUGUGCUCAGUCAACAACUUGCACCACAACAAAAGUGCCAAUUGUUAUUACUUCAUGGGAGAUAGCGAAGGAGCGAGGACACCAGCUGUCAGGCUCGGGUCAACAGGCUCAAGCGCUAACCAAAAGGACACGUGGCAGGGAGGAAGAGAGCGUGGUAGACAAGCUCCAGAGCCCAAACCAGCGAGCUCUCUCCCACCCAGACCCUUGCAAUCGCAGAAGACCAUGAGGAGACAUCACAGUCCUUCUCGGAGAAGGUGUAGCAGUCCCUCUGACAGAACCCUUCGAAGUAUUUUGGAGAGGAUAUAUUGCAAUCCCUCCCAGAGAAACAGUCUCAGCCCCUCCUUAAGAAGGGACAGUUCCUCUAACCCAGGCUACACAGGCAUUCUUACAGACUCAUCCUGUCAUUCUGAGAGAACACAGUAUAGUCCCUCUGAAAGCAGACACAGUCAUUCUGAGAAGAUGCACAGAAGUCUCUCUGAGAGGAACCAGCACUGUCACUAUGAGAGACCCUGUCACACUCCCAGGGAGAGGCUCAAGCAUCGUUCCCCUAAUGCUUCCCCUAUCGAUCUUGGCUAAAGAGGUCAUGUCUUCCAGGGACCAUACCGAAAAUCCAGACGUGUGGAGGCAUGAAGUUAGUGGAUAAGGAGAGAUCUGCCCCUGUUAAGUGUAUUCCUGCUCAGCCACUGCCUGCACCCUCAGCUAUCUGGGAGGGAAGGGGAAGAGAAUGGGUCUGUAAUUUAAGAUCAAUAAAGAAAAGUGCGAUUUGAACCCCAUUAGCAUCUGUGAGACCACUUUUGGGAUUGGUGGGACCUGCUGUGCAAAUGCAGGUUCAGAG